AUGCACCAAACCACACUGUACCAUAUCACACUACACCACAUUGUACCACACCACACCACAACAACACAUCACUCUGUACCACACUAUAUCACGCAACACCACACAACACCACACCACUCUCCAGCACACUGCACCACACCACACUGCCCCACACCAUACCAUGCCCCUCCACACCACACCACACCACACCACACCACACAACACCACACCACACCACACUGUGUCACACCACAUCACAUCACACUACAGUACACCACGCUUCACCACAUCACACCACACCACACCACACUGCACAACAUCACACAACACCACAAUGUACUGCACAAACCACACCACACUGAGACCCAGUCACCCAGCAGCAGUGUACAAGAUAACACAAGCCAACAAGUGCAUCACACACCACAUUACACAGCACACCACACACCAGCCAGUCACCCAGCAGCAGUGUACAAGAUAACACAAGCCAACAAGUGCAUCACACACCACACUACACUGCACACCACACACCAGCCAGUCACCCAGCAGCAACAGUGUUUUGGGAUUACACAGGCCAACAAGCACAUCACACACCACAUCAACAGCCACAAAUAG